ACACGCUUCCGGAACCUGUCAGCCGUGAGUACCACAACUGCAAUGAGUUUUGAGUGGCCCUGGCAAUACAAUUUCCCACCGUUUUUUACGCUACAACCCAAUGCUGACACAAGACAAAAGCAGCUGGCGGCCUGGUGUUCCCUGGCUCUGUCCUACUGCCGGCACCACAAACUCUACACUCUGGAUGUCAUGGAGGUGCAGGAAAGCCCCGUCUUCAACAACAAGAAGAUAGAACGAAAACUGUCAAUGGAAGCAAUUCAAGUUGUCUUUGAGGAAUUGAGGAAAAAAGGCAACCUCGAAUGGUUGGACAAAAAUAAGUCUCGGUGUUUAGUCAUGUGGAGACGACCAGAGGAAUGGGGCAAAUUAAUAUACCAGUGGGUUUCCAAAAAUGGCAUGGUCAACUCUGUGUUUACACUUUAUGAGCUGUCCAAUGGUGAUGAUACAGGAAGUGAAGAGUUCCAUGGUUUGGAAGAGUGGAUGCUGCUUCGAUCGUUGCAGGCUUUACAAACAGAAGGCAAAGCAGAAAUAAUCACCAUGGAUGAUGGGAAAGGAGUCAAAUUCUUCUGAAACACUGCUGGAAUCACUCUUAACAGCCCUCAUACUGUAUCUUACUGGGAAAUUUUAAGAUUCAGCCAUCUAAGGCUACUCAAGGUGCACCUCCAUGCCCAGCCUGGUAGAUGCUAGUUCUGUAAUUGUUGUUGCCUUUUUGGUUUAGAGCCUCCUUUUUCUGGAAGAGAAUCAAUAUUAUUUCUAAGUGUUUGAGGGUGAAAAAGAGCAUCAAAGGUGACAAUGUGUUUAGAGUUGUCACAGGUGGCAUUUGUUGCCAUUUAAACAUGCAAUGAGUCUAUCAGGGGACUAAAAACUAUCAUAUCUGAAUACUUUAGGGGAAGUUUUCCCCCACCUAGCUGAUACUUAACUCCAUUACUGAGAAUGCAUCUAGUUUUAUUUCCAUUUUCUCUGUUAACAAAUUUACUGUGUCUUAAUUGUUUCUGGACCUUCCUUUGGUUGUUGUUCCUCUAUCCCAGCCAGACAUCCCAAAGAAAUCCUAGAGCACAACAACCAGAGGGACUUUUCAUUUUCCAAAUAAAUGCUUCCAGAAGAGGAACACCACAGAGACUUGGCUCCAUUCAGCCAGGUGGAAUAACAUAGUGGACUUAUUACCGUCAUUCUUUUAUUGUGCUGUAGCUACUGUGACGCUCCUGUUAUCUUUCUCUGUCUAUAUUCAACCUCUUUUUUCAUACACUGUAGGACAAUAAAUUAGAAAUUUGUUAAAAUGU